UUGGGGCUGGCGCACGCGGCGAAUCUAAGUCUUGCGCCGCUUGCAGGCGCUUCUGGGCCACCAAUUUCUUUUCCUUCCACCCUGGCGCCCCCCAGUCCUGGCUCUCCGACCUCGCUGCCCCGGGCAUCCACGCCCUGCGGGCUCAGCGGGCUCAAUUUGCGGAGCUCCUCCUCCAUGUUGACCAAACCUGUGCAGGGGCUCCCCGCGACCCCCACGCUGCCGCCAGGAGGCAAGGGUCGGGAAGCGUUCGAAGCUGAGUACCGACUCGGCCCUGUCCUGGGUAAGGGGGGCUUUGGCACCGUCUUCGCAGGACACCGCGUUACGGACCGUCUUCAGGUGGCCAUCAAAGUGAUCCCCCGGAACCGUGUGCUGGGCUGGUCCCCCCUGUCAGACUCGGUCACAUGUCCACUGGAAGUCGCACUGCUGUGGAAGGUGGGUGCAGGUGGUGGACACCCUGGUGUGAUCCGGCUGCUUGACUGGUUUGAGACACCAGAAGGCUUCAUGCUGGUCCUUGAGCGGCCUUUGCCUGCCCAGGAUCUCUUUGACUACAUCACAGAACAGGGCCCUUUGGGUGAAGACCGAAGCCGCUGCCUCUUUGGUCAGGUAGUGGCAGCCGUUCGGCACUGCCAUGCCCGUGGAGUUGUCCAUCGUGACAUCAAGGAUGAGAAUAUUCUAAUGGAUCUCCGCCGGGGCUGUGCCAAACUAAUUGAUUUUGGUUCUGGCGCCCUGCUUCAUGAUGAACCCUAUACUGACUUUGAUGGGACAAGGGUGUACAGCCCCCCAGAGUGGAUCUCCCGUCACCAGUACCAUGCGCUCCCGGCCACUGUUUGGUCACUGGGUAUCCUCCUCUAUGACAUGGUUUGUGGGGACAUUCCCUUCGAGAAGGACCAGGAGAUCCUUGAGGCUGAGCUCCACUUCCCGGCCCAUGUCUCCCCAGACUGCUGUGCCCUAAUCCGCCGGUGCCUGGCCCCCAAGCCCUCAGGCCGACCCUCACUGGAGGAGAUCCUGUUGGACCCCUGGAUGCAGGCAACAGCUGAGGAGGCUUCCCUCAAUGCCUCCAAAGGGGGUUCCACCCCUUUAGCCUGGUCCUUGCUGCCCUAGUCCUGGCCA